CCGUAGUUAAGUCAAGAGGACUGUACUCUGAUUUAUUUAUGGCACUUGACGUUUAAUCAGAUGUUACGGUGCGAUCCAAUCGGUAACUUAAACGUUAGCUGCGGUAGCUAAUCGACAGGUAUCAACAAUGACGUCACCUUAGUGACGUUAAGCUCCCGAUUGGAUGACACACUAACAGCUGACUUACGUCAAAUGCCAGUACAAAUGAAUCGAAUUGUAGAAACGAAAUUAUUAUUCUAGACCUCCUGAAUUGAGUUUCCGUCUUGGUAGAUGGCAGCAGCAUACGAAUGCCUUGCAUUAUGCGCCUUACUUAAACUCACUCUUGCUUCAUGCUAAGCUAUUCAGAAGCGUCCUAUUAUAGGUUAUGGACAGGGUGCAAGAGGAGCGUUAGGGAUCUUGGUACAGGGAUAUUGUAUUUGUAAAACUUAUACCUCUUGUACGAAUGUAGUUUUGGCAUCAUGGUCAAGACGUUUGAAUACAAAAGUCAAAUACUGUUUUCAAAUUCCGAAGCUUACUGCAUAUCUUGUUGCUAUGCGCGUCGAUCGCCACGCCUUUCAACUACGUCAUGUGAACAUUUAUUUGUAUUGCCCGAUCUUCAGGAAGCUGAAAUAUUGCAACUUGCUGUCAACUCCUCCUGUUGAAGAUUGUGGAACUCAAGGAAAGAGCAAGCAUACACUUUCCAACAUUAACUUGUGAUAUACUACAUUAUCAAACAUACUUCAGGUUUCUUACCAUGAGUAGCAGUUGGAAGUCAUACUUUAAGGGAGAGGAACAUGCAGCAGUUUAUAAUAAAAUUCGUCCAUCUCCACCUCAAGCUCUUAUAGAAAAUAUUGUGGAAUAUUUAUUGGAAAAGCUUAAAUCACCUCUGAAUGAAGCUCUUGAUGUUGGUUGUGGUUCUGGGCAAAGCACAAAAGUCCUAGAGCCAUAUUUCAAGAAAAUUACUGGUAUUGAUACAUCUGAAGAACAAAUCAUUGAAGCACAGAGCAAAAAUACCUACCCAAAAAUCACAUACAGAAUUGGGUCUGCAGAAAAGAUAGAAUAUCCAGAUGCUUCUGUUCAAUUAAUUACUGCUUCUCAAGCUUGUCACUGGUUUGAUCUGCCAAAGUUUUAUGAAGAAGUAGAGAGAAUAUUAGUUCCUGGAGGGAUUCUAGCAAUGUAUGGUUAUUUGCUUCCCACACCCAUGUGGAAUGAAAAAACAGAAGAAUUAAGUGGUAUUGUGUAUAAGUACUAUAACAUAGCUCUUGGCAAAUACAUUCCUCCUGAAAGUAGAAUGGUGUAUCUAGAAAAUUACAGAGGGGAUGAUUUUAUGAAAAUACCAUUUGCAAAGGAGCCUAUUAUCAGGGAUGAAUCGGUUUCUUCUGAAACUCCAGGAACUGUUGCUGAUAUUGUUGGUUUCAUGAAGAGUGGAUCUGCUUUCCAAAAUUUUUUAAACAUUGAAGGAUCUGCAAAGGCAUCUGCUUUGCUACAGGAAUUUGAGAAGGAGCUUAUGGACACCUUGGGCAUAUCAGCUCCUCCAGAAGAAACACCUAUUAUUAUUCAGUACAAAUAUUUCGUAAUAAUGGCUAGGAAGCCCCUCCCAUAAUACGAAAUAAGACUGAACCUGAGCAAAGCUUUUGUUGCAGAACAUAUAUGUAACAUCUAUAUUCACUGAAUGGUUCUGAUAAAUAAAACUUUUUUUUUGUCAUUUGGUUGAAUUGAAAUAAUUCUCCAUAUGAAGUAGUUCUUUGGAACACGUUUGAUUAGGAAUGCAAAUGGGAGUCAUGUUUGUAUAUAGAUAUAUCUACAUUCUUUGUUGUUAUUUUUAAUACUAACUCGCAAAUUUAUAUAAAACUGACAAUGGAUGGAAAUCUGUGUAUAUUUCUUAAAUAAAUUGUAAAAUAAAACAAAUAUUUUGUUUCAUUAUGUUCAAUAAUUUUCUAGCUGAAGUAAUGAAAUUUACAUAUUUCAGUGAUAAUAUUAAGAGACAUAUACAUGCUUAUUUCAGGUAUUAGCACCCUGAGCUGCGUAAAGAGUUUUCAGUUCUUCUAAACAAAGGUUCGCCUCUUCUAGUGUUUCUUUGUCAUUCUUCUGCUUUGCGUUUCGCCAGCCUUCCUUGCAAGCUUGUUUAGCUUCUUCAAACAUUUUUCUUUUCAUAUAGACAGUGCCAAGAUUGACAUAAACAGCAGCAGCUUCUUCCAUAUCUGGUAUUUUUUUGGUGAUAUCAAUAGCUUGGUUGAGGUAUUUUAUUGCUUCAUCAUAAUUAUUUUGUAAACAACACAGAGUUCCUAAGUCAUUGAGAAGUAUAACAUUUUGCUCAUGCACUAAGCCAUUGACACGAAGAGAAGUUUCAUAGGCCUUCUCAAAAAAUGCGAAAGCUUCUUUGAAUCGAUUUUGAUCCAUAGCAAAUCUUGCAUACCAGUCCAGGGUCAUUGCCCAAAGCAGCAAUGUGUCAUCAUCAACACUACCUCUCUCUACUUUCUUUUGCAAGUGAUUCUCACAGAAUUUGAAGCCUUCUUCUGCUUUUAUUUUAUUUCCUUUUUCUUUAUAUAUACUGGCAAGUUUUAGACUGAUGUGUAAAACUUUGUUGUCAUCUUCUGCACAACCUGCUGACAGCAACCGUUGUAGCACAGUAACAAAUAAUUUCUCAGCUUUGGGUAAGUCAUGAGCCUCUAAGGCUACAUUUGCCAACAAGUCAUAAAUGUAUGUGAUUGCAUCGCUGUUUUGUUGUUCUUGGGCAAGUUUAAGUGCUAUGUGAAGCAUUUGUUCUGACUUUUGUAAUUCACCUUGUUGUAUUAACAACACUCCUCUCUUCAUUGUGGUAAUUAACACUGAUUCAGGUUCUUCUUCUUUCUGUAAUCCUAAAAAAGUUAGAAUUCCACUCACUAUAAAAUAACCAUUGAAACCACCUAUAUGAUGCCCCUUACAUGUUUCUGUAUAAUCAAAGAAGUUCCAUUUCGCGUAACGUGAAGCAGGAACCAACGACCCAAAUGAUUUAAACCGAAAUAUUUGGAGGGCAAAACUUUGGCUUAAAAACUGAUUAUAUAUGUAAUAUAUUUUUUGGUUAGGGCAGGCUCUGUUGGUUAAACUUGGAAGUCGAUUGGAAAGAAUACGUAUCAUUCGUGACAUGCUGAGCCAAAUAGAAAAAUGUACUUUUCAAACCAACUUGUCAAUACCACUGAUCUGUACAUUUAAAAUUAUAUGUAGGCUACAGAUCAUUAGUCAACACUGGCAAGCGCUGGUAAUAUUUCAAUUGAUUUCAAUGGCCACUACUACACUUGCACCAACAUGCACCUGUGACUGGGCCAGGACUGGGUUGGACUCGGGCGCGCUCGGGCGCCUCUGUCUACGCCACACCUACACCUGUUCAGUUCAUUUCAACUGGUGGCUUAGGUUUCUCAGUUGUAUUUGAGCUCAACACUCUUUGAGUUUUCUCGAUAUGCGUCGGUGUGAAGUUAUGGGUAUUUGUAAAGUUAACGAGAGGCAAAGUUUGUUGUUGCAUUGGUGACUUAAUUGUUUUUGUAAUGUCAAUAUACAAAAGUAAUAACUUCUAGUCGGAACUGAAGUUCUGGAGUGUUUAGCUGUAGUAUUAGGAUAGAAGCUAAGUGUGUCCAGAAUUUGUAGUGUACGGAAGAACUCGUCUGUUUGUGCAAUAAGCAGGGUAUGAAAAUGAGUUCCAGUGUGCCAGACAAGGCAGUUCAGGAUGACAGCAGUACCCACAACACAUGGGUUCGAUUUGAAGAUGAAGAUAGAGGCCAAAAUAGAUCACAAACAGAAAGAGUUCAGCCGAGUCAAGGAAAUUCGUCUAUUUUAAGUGGAGAGGAGUACAGUGUUUCACCUUUAAAAACAGAAAAUGUGAGAGAACCUAGAGCAAACUCACCUGAAAAAUUGUCUGAAGCAAGAAAUGAAAAAGAAAUGAAAGCUGUUCCCACUGGCACUCCUCAAUAUAGUGGUGCAAUUAUUAAUCCUGAGACUGUGCAUGUAAAUUUGGAUCGCAGCAGUUUAAACCGUUCCACAUCUGUUGAAGAACCACAGCAAGAAAGUUUCUCUAACAACAAAGGAGAUGGUGGAGGACGAAUGCGAAAUGUAGAUUUAAGAGAAGUUAGUAAUGGACGGCCCACAGCAUCUUCAAGAGUUUCUGCUAUAGACGGUUCUGUUCGACAAGGCUUUGCUAAUGGUGAUAUUAUUGUCACUUUGCUACCUGUAAAUACUAGGUGGCCUUGGAUUACUCCAGCACAAUUCCGACCAGAACUAGUUCCUGAAGAACUGAUGGCUCAAGGAUUAACGCUUACUGUUGAAGAGUAUGUUCAUGUUAUGGAAGUCUUAACGAAUGAUGUGCGUUUUAAUAUUUACAAUGUGUGUUACAAACGCAUUCUUGUGGUAUGGAUAUUCACAGCAUUUGUGGUAUUACUUGGGUUGUUAUUUUCGGGUGUUACUGGACUAACUUUAUUUGGUCUGGGGGUUAUGUGGCUUGUGCUGAAUGCAUUAGCCAUUUUUCUUUGUAUGUGGAUUAAAAUUAAGCUGAAUCACAAUUUGGAAAGAUGUAUGGCUCAAGUAAAUAAGCAUUUGUUACGCCAUAAAAUUAUUUUGGGAUUGGAUGACAGAGGCAAACUCUCGUGCCACAAAGUGAAUCUUUGCUUCAUUUAUUUUGAUACUUCUGAUUGUAUUAAAAAAUUGCAAGAAGUGAUUGAAAGAGAAGAAUGUGAAGGGAGACCAGUGAAUCGUGAAGAGACUGCUGAAGAACGAAGACAACGGCAGCAAUUCCAACAGCGUAUGGACAUAGAAGAUCAUGAUAUCAUUAUACAAGGGAGCAGCACUACUCGUUUGUCUCGAAAACAGGCUAGAGGUGAACAGUUGCUGGCACGCUAUUUGCAACGUUGGGCUAAAGAUUAUCUUCGACGGCGUCUUGACUGGACUGUGGAUGAAAGUGGGGGAAACCCCAUGGAUCCUCGUCAUUUAGCGAGGGCUCUUUGCCCUUGCCAGUACAUUGAAGAGUAUUUAAGAAAUAAACCCCGGUCUGAUCAACGAGCGUUUUGUCCAUGCUGUGCAUCAUGGCUUGCAGAGCGUGGAAUAGAUUAGACUUCAUAAUGGAAUCUGCUUUUAAUCUAUUUUCUAGUAUUUUUAUAUGGUGUAUAUGGUUUGAUAAAUUUUCUCACUUCUUUUAUCAUUUAUAUAUAAGUUCUGAAACAAGUAGUUAUUCAGAUUAAGUGGAUAAAUUGCAAAUGAGAUUUUCUUGAAACUCUGAAUAAUCAGAAUUAAGGAACAUCUCUACUUUUAGGAAUUUUUGAUUUCAUGAAUAGAGAAUUCGUACUACCUUACUGAGUAAAAAAUACCAACAGAUUUUGUGCCUUUAACUAAGUGAUCUUUGAAUUUUUUUUAUCUCUUUAAAUAUAAGUUCUUUGGUAACACUUGUAAUAUUUUCUCCAUUUUUAUUCGAUUAGAAAGUGGGUUAAUGUUGAGCCAAAUGUUUCAGAAAACAUCACAGCUAUAAGUCUAAGAAAUGUUUAGUUAAGGUAUUUUUCUUUAAGAACUUUUACAUAGUAUGACUUUUCUCAGUUAAUGAGCAGUAGAAUUUUGAUUAUUCUAACAUCUUUUCUCUGGUCGUACGUGAAAGAGUGUUAAAUGGUAGAACCCAGAAGACCCUUAACUUCCUUAACAGAUGUAAAUUUCAUUUUCUCUGAAGGAAUAAGACGUUUCAUGAUUUUGAUAAAGAUAUUUGUACCAAACUAACGUGAAAGCUUGUUGCAUUGUACUUGUUUGCCAAGGGAGACUUCUGCAUGAUCUUGUAUAUGCAUGCCCUCUCUUGAAAUGGUGUAAAUUCUAGUGAGAGUGGGGUAAUUAACAGAGCUUGUGUUAAAAAUCGUACAAUCAGAUUUUUAACAACAAUCCAUAAAUUUUUAAAAUAUGUUAUUGUUUCAAAUUUUAAGAUCAAGAAUGACUAAAUAGCGACUCUAAUGUGUCCCGUUAUUCAGAUACUGAACAUAAUUACAACAAAUCCAAUUACCAGUUCAUAAAAUUUUUUUUUUAUGAACUGGUAAUUGCAUUUGUUAUUGUUUUACAUUUAAUGCAUUUGUAAUUUUAUACAUUUAAUCUAGACUUACCCUAAAAUUGGGUACUUAAUAUCUUGAAGGAGUUGAAUUAAUUUGGCUACUCUUUUGGACUGCAUUAUUUUGUCAUGUACACAAUGCUGCAUCAAUUAGUAGCCUCUUUUGGUUGUAAUUAGUAGUGUCUAUCAACCAUCCUGUCCAGAGCUUUCCACAACUCAGAGUAUGCCAGGAAGGAAGAAUUAAUUUUGUCAUUUUGCAUCUUGAACUACAGAUCUAAAGUAAGGAUGGGCUUCACAUUCACUGCAUUUACACUCUGCUUUUCUUAAUUUCUUUUGCUGAUAAUUUCUUAUACUUUAGUGGUCUAUUCUAUUUUUUAUGGUUCAGUGACUUGAGAAUACACACACCAAUACUAUCCUAGAUUAUGCAUUGCUUUUAAUGUUAAUUACUUGUGGUUUUGGUUUCUGGUGAUGCUUUAAUUCUUGUCUUUUAACCAUUUCAGGAUGACUCUCAUGUGUGAAUGAAACUGUUCUUUUCAUGUAAUAAUUAAUGUAAUACUGACUGUUUAAGAUCUUUUAAUUCUAGUUGCUUUUUCACUUAGGGAGACAACAUUUUCUACUCAAGCAGAACUGUUUAGAGUUUAUUAUUUUAUUUAAUAUCUAAAACUAUUUUUAUUACAGAAUUUCUUUGAAUGCCUUGACACUAAGUGCAUUGGCUUUUGCUAAAUACCAUAUCUGGUGUGCAGUUAUAUUCUUCUGUAGCAAUGUCUCAUAAAUGGCACAGCUUGGCACCUCAAGUCAAACAAAUUAAUUAAAUUAUUUGAAGUUGUGAUUAGUAAAAAUAAAAUAUCUAUAAUCAGUAUCUUAAAGAGCGAUUGCUCUGAUUAUAGAUAUUUUAUACAGUAUACUCUAAAUUACUCUUUAUUAUACUCUAAAUUUGUAGAUAUUGAAGUUCAGAAAAAUACUUGGAUACUUUGAAUAAUCUCUCCUCUCACCCUCCCUUUGAAAAGAAAGGAAACAGUAGUAUUCAUUGUGUGGUUUUAAAUAAAUACGGAGUAACUUAAAAGAGUUUUAAAAAUAAAUAUGAGACUAGUUCUAUGAGAGCUUGAGGGCUGAGUAACCAUUGCUUUCUCUUAAAACGCAAAUCCUUUUAACUUAAUUGUUCCCUUGCACUUUUUCUGGUAAAGCUAUCUUCAGUGGUACAGAGGUGGUGGGAUUAAUGUGUGUGUGUUGCACAGGAACGUGCUGAGAUGCUCUUUCUGCGCUACUCCCACCGGUGGGCUAAAGAGUUUGUGCGCAAACACUUGGAGCUGUCAGUGGAUGGCGCGGAGCGCGGAGGGCUGCCCUCUGCGCCCCCCCGCCACUGCAUCUCUGCCCGCUGUCCCUGUCAGUUCAUUGAGGAGCACCUCAAGUAUAAACCUCGAGGCAAGUGUUCCUUCAAGCAAUUUUGUUCCCUCCCAGAUUUCAUCUAGAUUCUGCUUUAAAACUGCACAUCAGCAUUUGUCUUUGGUGGGUUGGCUGUGGUUAUGUGCCUCUCUGUUUCUUGCAGGGUUCUUGUUAUAGUACAAACAAAUGUAAUUGUAGGAAACAAAGAACAAAAUUAGUGGACUGGAAGGUAGUCUUUAAUUUUUUGGUACUGUUCUACAUUAUUUUUAGUGAUCUAUGUACAAUUAUACAUAGUAUAUCUUGUACAUUACUAAAUGUACUUUGAACUCCGAGAACUGGUAGAUGGGGUCUAGGGAAGCAGUUUUUGUCAGCGAACCCUGCCUUUUCAAAGGCUCAAACCUCUGUGCUAGGGUGGGUCCAAAAACUGUGUCUUUGUCCUCCAGUGAGGUUGGUAUACGAAUGCCCAUGAGCUUUGAGACGUACAGGUAGUCACUGCUUCACUGAAAGAAGCAAGACUUCGUGAGUCCAAAAAUAUUGCAAGUCACCAAAAGACAUCACAUUGCAGGGAAAGAGAACAGAAGUGAUGAAAAAUGUAUCAUUAUUUCAGCUUUACACUUUAUUAUUCAAUUCGAUUAUUCUUCUUUAGAAUGUUUAAGUGUAAAGUUGAAAUCACUGUUUGUUUUCAUGCAUCUCUGUACCCUUCAAAAAUCUGAAACCCAUUGGCAAUUUGUUCUGCAAUUAUUUUUUUCACCUUAAAUUUUUUUAAGUUCUGUUUUAACUUUUCUAGUGUGGAACAGUGACCAUCUGUGUUACUCAGACAGCGUGUUGGAAUGUCAAUCUCACAGAGGAAUAAAUGUGGUUUUUGUCAAAACCAAGAACCAAACCCUGGGUGCUUAGAUCCAGGGUUCAUGUAUGAAAACUGCUUACCUUGACCCCCCUCUACUUCUUAAUUUUAAUCUGCAUAUUAUAUUGUUAUAUUUUUAUAUAAUUAUUCAUGUCAAACAUCACCGAAAAAUUCUGUAGGAACAGAGGCACAUGUAAGUCUUGGAGGAUUUUUUUUUUUAGUGUGUUUUUCUGAGGUUGGUGUGACUGUACUUAAGAAAAUCUCAGGGGUCUGUCUCAUAUGUGGUGCUUGGGUCUUCAUUUUUCUUGGAGAUUUGUUUCACGGUGAAUGUGUUUAAUGGGAUGUUUUUAUUCACUGAUUUAGUAAAGAUUUUAUCAGAGGUAAUCAUAACAUGUUUUAUAAAAAUGAGUAUUUCUUUUAAAGUGAUUGUUUAUAUGUUACUCAUUUUAUUUUCUCUUUUGUUUUAACUAGUUUGUUACAAUUCAUAUUUUUAUUUCUGUGAAUUUUUUAUGUAUAUAUUUUUGUUAUUGAGUCUUGAUAGUUAAGAUCAUGUUUACAAAUGCUUGUUGUAAGGAUUGUUUGGUAACAGAAUAAUGUUCUGUGCCUUGGAAUAUAAUUAUUCAGUAUUGAUGCAAGGCUAUUGCAUUAAGUGUGAAAUUAUUCAUUUGCAGCCUAGAAUGGAUUUUUUUAAAUAUAAUGUACUUAAAUAUUAUUUAGUAUAUGUGAUUUACUAAAUAAUUAUGUAUUAUUUAGUAUGUUAGUAUUGCUCUUUUGAAGGUUUUAUUACUUGUGAAAUUCUUUUCUUUAAAUCGUUUAUCAAAGAAAAAAUGUUUCAAAGACUGUUGUGAAAGCAAGGCAGCAUUUAUUCAAGUAAUAGUGCUAAGUGAUAAGUUAUAUUACUCAAUUCAUUCAUAUUGUGGCCCAGAAAUGAGUAAAAAAAAAACGAAGAAAAAAA